GGAAGAACACGGUCCACCAGCAACCACAACCUCAUUCAGCAGAGACCUUCUUAACACUAUAGCCAUGGAUACCUCCAGCUCUUCUCUUCAGGUCCAAGACAGCGGCGUUUUCCUGUUUGACUGUGAGAACCUUCUGGAUCAGAGCUACACCGUAUCAGAUGUGGGCUACUACAGCGCCUGCAGCAGCCUUUCUCCAGCCUCUUCCACAGAUUCCUGUGGCUUCUCCCCUCCGGCUUACCCUUGUGGAGUGGGACAGGACAUAGCCCAGAUCAUCCCACACCACAGCAUCACCAGCCAGGAGAAGAGCAAGGUCCAGACACCCAAGAGAACCGGGCGGCCAAGGUCAAAAUUCCCUGGAGUGAAGCGGCAGACCGCAAGUGAGCGGGAGAAGCUGAGGAUGAGGGAUCUGACCAAAGCUCUUCAUCACCUCAGGUCAUACCUGCCUCCAUCAGUGGCUCCUGUUGGAAAAACCUUAACUAAGAUCGAGACACUGCGACUUACUAUCCAGUACAUCUCCUGCCUUUCUGCUCAGCUCGAACUCAGUGAAGACGAGGUUAAUCAUGGAGCUAAGGCCGAGGUCAAUGCUGCAUCAACCAACUUUGACAGCUUCACCGUGACCCCUUCAGUUCCUCAAAGUUUACCAGCUCAGCAGUUCCCAUCUAUGACCUGUUAUCAGACUCAGAAUCCAAUCGAAGGCGAACUCCUGUCCUUCCCAGCUCAGGAUUGUUGGUUUCUCGAGCAACACAAUUUCUUCCAGGGACAGCGCUGAUCAAAGCAGACUGAAACGCACAAUCUGAAUACAAAUAUUAAUGUGUGUAAGAUAAUGAAAAGGAAAUACUUUAUAUUUGUAUAUAUGUUUGUACAGCUAUUUAUAUUUUUCUAUGUUUAAAAAUAUAUUAAUAUUUAUGAAUUGUAGGUUUUCUGGCAAAUAAAGACUUGAAAAAUCUUA